UCUUUUUCUGGUUAUUCUCACUGCUCAAGUUUUUUAUAUGAACACAAUAUUGUCAUGCUUAUAUAUGUUGUAAAUCAUUUCUGAAAGGGUUUCAGUUAUACAUUUACCUCGUAAGUUUAGAAGGCAGGGGAAAAACAGAUAAAGUACCAGAUAAAUAGAACCUUGAUUGAGUUUAACUCUCUGAUUUUGUAUUUCUCUCAUUCUAAUCCGCUAAAAAAUGCCAUACUCCAGAAAGGCAGAAACUCCUUUCCCAUUUUUCACCGAAAAUGAAACCGUUAACUCAGGCAAGCUAAACUGUUUAGGGUCUUUAUCAAACAAUGUGAAAUCCAAAGAUAGGGAUUUAUGAAAAACCUUUCCUCAAUUGGUGAAGAGAAAGGUUACCAUGAGUAGUAAAUUCAUAUAUGAGACUCUAGUUAAUAAGUAUUAUGUUCAUAUUAAUCUAGAGAUUAUGCAACUAAUUAAAUCCAUUGCAGGUUCUGUUGACAAAUCCCAAAUGAAUCAAAUUGAGAUUUUAAAAAACAUGGAAAGCAGUAGCAGAUCAGAGGGACAGUCACAAACCAAAGACCACAUCUCUCUUGAAAUCUCUCCUGAAAAUGGUGAACUUGUAUCUCAUAUCAAAGAAAAGAUGGAAGACAUUGCUGUAUCAGUCUCUAUCUUCAGAGUCCCUAGCGAAAAAAUAUGUGCCCCGGAUUUUGUCUCCAUUGGCCCUCUGCACUAUAAACAAGUACGUGAUAGCAAAGUCUCUGAAGAUGAUAAGUGGCGCUACUGCUAUGCACUCCUCAGUCGAAAACCAAAUCUAGGAGGAAGCCUUGACACCUGCGUGAAAGCCGUAAAACAAAUGGAGCACAAGGCACGAAGAUGCUACAGUGAAGACAUCAAUGUCCCUAGUGAUGAAUUUGUGCAGUUGAUGCUAAUUGACAGCUGCUUCAUCAUUGAGCUAUUUCUCAAGUAUUCAUACAAGAGCCUUAGGUCUCGCCGUGAUCCCAUCUUCAAUAGGCCUGGUAUGCUCAUAGACUUGAGAUGUAACAUGGUGUUACUCGAAAACCAAAUUCCCUUCUUUGUUAUUCAGAGGUUAUUUCAAUUAGUACCACUUCCAACACAAUGUACGGAGUCCCUCAGCGAACUUGCUACACGUUUCUUCAAGUACCUUAUACCAGGAGAGUAUCAUCGCGAGCAAGAAGGUUAUCAUUUACUCGAUCUAAUUCGACACUGCAUCCUCCCAACACAUCCUAAGCUACAAUCGACAGGCAAGAAAACUCCAGACUACUUGGAUUGUGCAAAGAAGCUAAAACAAGCAGGGGUUAAGUUCCAGUGUGCUAUCGCGGUACACAGUUUCUUGGACAUCAAGUUUACUAAUGGUGUGUUCAAAAUGCCACCCCUUUUAAUCCAUCACUGUACCGAAACACUCCUCAAGAACCUCAUUGCACUCGAGGCGCGUCACAUUGGGGAUGAUCCUGUGCAGCAUGUCACAUCUUACGCAUACCUAAUGGGGUGCCUAAUUGGUUCCGAGAAAGAUGUGAAAUUGCUGCGGCGAAAACAGAUUCUUGUGCAUGAGGAGGAGAAGGACAAGGAGGUUUUUGAAGUGUUGAAGAAGUUGUGCGAUCAGAUCGAUGUGAAGGAUUUUUACUAUGUGAAGCUUUUCGAUGAGGUCGGUGAAUUCGUGAAGAGAAAGAGCUGGCACACGAAGAAGCAAAAGUUGAAGAGCAAAUACCAUCUCAACACUCCUUCGGCGGUUACGGUGCUUGUUGUUGCCGUUUUGGCUCUUCUUCUAACAUUUGUUGGAGCUUUUUUUUCUAUACUCACAUUCGCUCGCCACCAUGUUUAGGGAGAUGAUCCAUGAGAUUGAUCAAUCUUUUCAUACUUGCCCAAACUAUGAUAUGAUUGUUAUGUUUGACAUUCCUAAAAUAUCAUUCUAUUUUUUAUAUGAG